AUGACAAUAACUCUUGAAAGAAAUUCUAAUAAUGAUCCAUAUUUAAAACAUUUAUCAAUAACUAUUCACACAAAUGAAAUGUUACAAAUAAAAAAUCGUCUACUUGAUUCACCUAAUAUUGUUUAUCGAAAUAAUCGUAUUGUUUCAAAUGCUUAUAUUGAAAAUGUUGCUCAAAAAAUCGAAACACGUUUAGAUACUAUAAAUUCAACUGUAUCGUUUAAAAAAAAAUUUGUUGAUCAACCAAAAUCUAAUGGUGAUGUUUUUAUGUUUAUUGGUGCUGAUGUUUCACAUGUUGUUGUUUCUGAACGUAAACUAUCAAUAACAGCUGUUGUUGCAAGUAUAUCACCAACAUCAACACCAUGUGUAUGUUGUUCAAGUGAACAACGAUCAAUUAAAGAUAAAAAAUAUUCAUUAGAAAUUUUUAAAGAUUUUCAAUCUAUGAUACCACUUAAAAAUGCUUGUUUAGAACGUAUAACAAAUAUAGCUACUGGUACAGUUAUUGAUACAGCUAUUGUACAUCUACAUCAAUUUGAUUUUUAUCUUAAUUCUCAUGCAGAUGCAUUUGAUACUAAUCUUUGCCAUACUGAUGUACGUUGUACAAAAACUAUUAAAUAUUCAGCAGCAGCUCAUUAUACUCAUACAGUUGCUUAUCAUGCAAGAUAUUUUGAAAAAGAAUCAUAUCAAACAAUAUCACAAAAUCAUUCAAAUCAAUAUACUACACAAAUUGAAGAUGAUCUUACGUUAGAAGAUAUCAAAAGUAAUCUUAUUAUGAUGAAUAAAAAUGUCAAAAAUAUGAUGUGGUUUACAUAG